AAUCAUGCCUGCUCCCUCCACAGUAAAGCUCCUCCGUUCGAAGGACAGCACAUUGAUAUUUGCAGAGGCCACGGGAGAUUAUUCAAACCCUCACGUCGUCCUACUUGCCGGAUUAACCUUGAGUGGCUGCGCUUUCGAUGAUUUCUGCUCGGACCAGCGUCUCCUCGAUGCGUUGUAUAUCGUUCGCUAUGAUAUCCGGGGCCACGCCAGGAGCGGCCAACCUAACACACCAGAGGCAUACGAGUCGAAGAGGUUUGCGGAAGACUUCGAGGCUGUCGUGGAUGCUUUCGAGUUGAAAAGGCCGAUCUUGGCUGGAUGGAGUAUGGGCGCUGCCGUUGCUACCGACGUCUGCGCUCAUUUGCCUCCAUCCACCCUCUCGGGAAUAAUCUAUCUCGCCGGAGUCCCAAGUACCGGCCUCGAAAUCGCCCAAAUGGCCGCCCCACCCCUCAUGGACGCACUCCCCGGCCUCAUAUCCACCGACGCCGUCUGGGCCUUCCGAUCCUCUGCUCUGAUCUUCACCGAGAAGCUUUUCGCCAACCCGCAGGACGUUCCGUACGCCCUCAAAUGCAUGUACUUGGGACAUAGCUUAUCCCCCGAGAUAAUGGGGCUGAGUUUGGCUAGGCAGAUGGAAGUAGAAAAUUUAUGGAAGGCAGGAGGAGAGGGAUUGCCGCUUCUUUCGAUCCAGGGGACUGAAGAUCAACAUAGGAAGGGUGCGCAGAAGGAUGUGGAUGAGAUGAUGAAGCCUCACUUCAAGGACUACGAGAUGGUUUGGUUGAACGGUCGAGGACAUGCAUUGUAUUAUGAAGCUCCGGACGAGAUCGUGGACUUGAUGAUCCGUUUCGCGAAGAGGGUGGGCGGCAAAGAUUACUACACAGCCUAGGUCUGAAGGAGAAGUAUUCUCCUCGACGUUCCCUACCCUGAAUGAAGACUGAUUGGGAUAUAGUUCUUUGUCGUGUCGUAUUCAGUCGACUCAUACCAAUCGCCUUCCUUAGCGUCUCUCAGAUGUCUGACAGCAUGUCUGGUCAAACAGACCGUACCCUCAGAGACUAAGCAAGACGGACAACAUCUCCGUUGCGUACCUAUACCGCGAAACAUUUGUGCCGUCAUCUUUACGCAGCUGACACGACCCUCAGCCAAGAGUUUACUGAGUCACUCGGACUGCUGUUUC